CCGCUGCCGCUGCCGGGCGGCGGGAGCGCGGCACCGGCCGAGGGGCCCCGCGGCCCACCCGGGCGGCAGCUCCUCCCCGCACAGCCCGCCUGGGCCGAGCGGGACCCACCCGCGGCUCCGCGGCUCCCCCAGCCCCGGGGCCGGCUGUGCCCCCCUCCUCCGCCGCGGGCCGCUCGCUCCGCCCGGGGGGAGACAAUGGGCACGAUGACUUCACCCUCCAGCAAUGUGCGGACCAGCGGGGGACGCCGCCGACUUCCCCCUGGCCGCCGGGACACCCCCGGGCCGCGGCUCCCGGGCCCUCUCCCACCCGGGCUCGGGCCCCCGCCCAGAGGCGGCUCCGGCUCGGAGGCUCCGCUCCACCCCUCACCCGCCGCCACGCUCAGGGCGGCGGCCGCCGGCGGAGGCCCAAGCCGGGGAACGCCGCCACCGCCGGGCCCCUCGGCGCCGCCCGCCCCGCCGCGCACCCACCCCCGGUACCUGCGAGUCGGCGGGAGGAAGCGGCGCCGCUCCGCCCGCCCGAGCCCGGCGCCGCGCAGGAAGCGCCUUAGUGUGUGUGUGCCUGUAUCGGAGAGUGUUUAAUCAUUCAUACUAUCUCAUGUCAUCUCGGAAUUCUCUGGAACUGGAGUUAAUACUGUGCUUACGACUGGUGGUUCUUCCAUUAAGCUGUGUUGCCCCACAGAUGGCUGCUUUUGCACAAAAAGCAUAGCAGAAGAUUGAUGUGGCAGCAGAAAAAAGUGGCAUAGAGAAGGAAGAGAACUGUCUAGAUCAAUUUUGCUGCUGGAGAAAAUGUAGUAUGGAAAUGCAUUCUGACUUGCAACUAAAGAAGAAAGGAUAAAAACCUUUAAUGAAUUGAAAUAUCUGCAAUACCCAUUGAUAGCAAAACAUUCUUUAGACUGGGCAUACAAAAAUAGGCAAUACUAAUAAAUAUCACUACAUAACUGAUAAAUAUUGUAUAUUAAUAUAGCUAAGAGACAAAUUGCAUGGGACAGGAAUAAGUGUUGAAUAUCGUCAGGUUUCUGUUUACCUGUUGUGAAAGAUUAUUUGUCGUGCACUGAUUGCCAUCAAUUGUGUUGAGUGCAGUAGAUUAAAAAAAAUAAUGCAGAUGCACCAUGAUGACAAGGCUAGGAUAAUGGAUUAGUGUCAAAUAGAGCUAUCUAAUGUAGAUGCAGUCUCACUGAUCCAAGCUGCAAAGUGGAAAGGUACCAGUAAACAACGUGCAAGCUGAAAACUUUCCAAAGUUUUUGGCAUGUCAUAAAACAUUAAAGUUGAAGGCUUCCAUAGCCAUUUCAAACAUCUCCGAUAUCUUCAAGUUACAUCAUCUGAUCUAAUCAGUUUCUGUAGUAGUCAAUAAAGAAAAAACAAAGGUAGAAAAUUUACAAUAUAUGGAACUACAGUCCCCAGAACAUACCUACUGCAUGAAAGAAAACCUCUUUAAAUAAAUUAAAUAGGUUUAUUUCCAGUCCCAAUGACAGAGAAUAGAAGUAGUUUGAGAAAUCUAGGUGCCUGAAUCCAAAAAUGUUACUCUUGAACAUAUAUCAGAUGUCACUCAGCUUAUAAGUCUCCAAAAGUCUGAGAAAGACUGCUAUAUUAGCAUAACAUUUCUUGAAUGCCUAAAACUCUACUCCUAAAUGUAAUAUUUAAAUUCUGGAGUUGAUGAGUUGCAGGAUGCAGGAGUGAUACCUGUGUAUUUUCUUGGAAUUAGGUGUCUUGACUUUUUAAAAGUCUGUUGGUUAUC